GUCCCAAGAUGGCGUCGUGGCUGCCGGAGACUCUGUUCGAAAUUGUAGGACAAGGCCCCGCGCCGAGCAAAGACUAUUACCAGUUAUUGGUCACCCGGUCCCAGGUAAUCUUUAGAUGGUGGAAGAUCUCUCUGAGGAGUGAGUAUAGAUCAACAAAACCUGGAGAAACAAAAGAAACUCAUGAAGACUUCCUAGAGAACUCACAACUUCAGGUUCAAAUUGCCUUAAUAUUUGGUGCAAGAAUAUUAGACUAUGUCUUCAAUUUAUGCGAAGGUAAAUUUGACUUCCUUGAAUGGCUCUCAGACGAUUUGCUCCUGAGUAUCCUUUCUUAUCUGGAUCUUGAAGACAUUGCCAGGCUUUCUCAAACAUCACACAGGUUUGCAAAGUUGUGCACAUCAGACAAACUGUGGGAGCAGAUCGUCCAGUCUGCCUGUGACCACAUCACCCCAGACAUGAGAGCCUUGGCCCAGGAUAUGGGCUGGAGACAGAUGUUCUUCACCAACAAGCUGCAGCUCCAGCGGCACCUCCGCAAGAGGAUACAACGACAAGGAAGCCAGAGGAACAGUGAGCUGUAGGGUCACACAUUCCUACCUGCAGGAGAGUUGAGGCACGGCGGUGUUUUCCGUCUGUGUCCAAACCUCUUCUGCUGCCUUUGAUUAAGAACUAAGGUUUUGUUGAUUCAAGGAGCCAUAGAGUAUUUGCACACAAAUGCAGCACACCGCCUCUGCUGGGCUUUGCCCGAACCAUGGUCCCUGCCACAGGGAGGGUCAGGUCAUGGCCCCAGCACAGCGGCAGCAGGACAGGAGGCGCCCAUGCCCUGCCACCCAUAAGAAAAGAGGCUUCUGCUGUAUGGUAACAAACAAUAAAUGAUUAUUAGCAGGUUUUUAUUACGUAUGUAUUUUAUCUAGGCGUUGGAAAGGGGAGCACGGCUUUUGAAAUUUUUCCUGGUGUCUGUCAUCUGAGUGCAUCCAUGAGUAGGUGGCUGCGUGUCCCCAUAGGGAACCGUGAGGGGACAGGGGCAGCGGGAGACACUCCUGCUGAGUGCAGCUGCCUUCCUGACUCUGCUCCGCUAAGAUGGUAUUCAGGUCCCCCACCCUCGGGACCCGGGAUGCCAGGCUCCAUCCCCCCACGUGGACAGCCUCUGACCCGGCCCUGGGACAUGGCUGGAGAGAAUUCUAGACAUUCUGCUUGCAGACCUCGUGCAGAGUCCAACUUCCCAGGACUUUACGUUGUCAAAUAAACCCAUAAAUGUUUCUAAGAGAGGUGCGGCUUCCCCAAAGAAAUGUGGGCAGUUACAGCUAUUAUAACAGGGAUUUUUUG